AUGGCCAGCAUAUCCUCGGGUCUUGCGGUUAUCUACCCUGCGGAUGAUGGAGGCGGCAAGCUCGGAAACACAACACCAUUGCGACGAGGACCUCCCGACGAUAAUCGCCACCAAAGCCCAUCGCCAUCGCAAUACCAGGAGCCGCCCGUCUCUUUUGACCACAACCAUUCAAUCCAAGAUGAACAUCUUAGCACCGUCCCCGAUUCCGACCCGCCACUCCCCGACACCCCCGGCACCUUGGUCCCAAAGCUCUCGGGAACAAGCAUAACCCUCACAAUGACAUCCCUCUGCCUCUCAGCAACCCUCUCCGCCCUUGAUAUGACAAUCGUCACCACCGCCGUCCCCAACAUCGUCGCCUCCCUAAACUCUGUCGCCGGCUACAUCUGGGUCGGCUCCGCCUUCAUCCUCGGCUUCACGGCCGUCACUCCCGUCUGGGGCUCCGUCGCGGACCUCUGGGGCCGGAAACCCAUCAUUCUACUGGCCCUGACGAUUUUCUUGUCGGGAAGCCUGCUGUGCGCGCUGGCGCCGAAUAUGGAUGCCCUCAUUGCCGGUCGUGCGGUCCAGGGUGUGGGUGCGUCGGGGAUGGGCGUCAUGGUGAAUACCAUCAUCUGCGACUUAUUUUCGCUGAGGGAUAGAGGGUUAUAUCUUGCCGUCACGUCUGUUAUUUGGGCCGUUGGGAGCGCGGUUGGGCCGGUGCUUGGGGGUGUCUUUACUACCCGGCUGAACUGGAGAUGGUGUUUCUGGAUCAAUUUGCCUAUCGGCGGAGUAGUCUUCAUCGUCCUCAUCUUCUUCCUCGACCUCCCUUCACCCAAUACCCCAGUUCUAGCAGGCCUCAAAGCCAUAGACUGGACAGGAAGCGCACUCUGCAUGGGCGGAGCCCUAAUGGUCCUCCUCGCCCUCGACUUCGGCGACGUCGUACACCCCUGGUCCUCCGCCACAGUGAUCUGUCUCAUCGUCUUCGGCGCUGUUGCCGUCGGCAUCUUUCUCGUAAAUGAAUGGAAAUUCGCCGCCAACCCCGUUCUGCCCCUUCGACUGCUCUCAAGCUGGUCGAAAGCGGCGGCCUAUAGCGUCUUCGCGUUUAACGCGUACGUCUUUAUCGGCAUCACGUAUUACCUACCGCUCUACUCCCAAGCCGUGCUGGGCGCCAACGCCCUGACGUCCGGGCUGUAUAUGCUGCCUCUGAUCGUGUCUUGCUCGUUGUCUGCGGCGUGUGCUGGUGUGUUUAUUCAGCGGACGGGGCGCUAUCGAGUUCUUAUGCAUGCGGCGCAGGUACUUCUGAUUCUCGGUACGGGUUUACUCAUCAACCUCGAAUUUGAGAAGAACCUAGUGAAGCUGUUUACUUUUCAGAUCCUCACCGGUAUCGGCGUGGGGUUGAACAUCGAAGCACCGGUGCUGGCGGCGCAGGCUGCGACUACCGUCCGUGAUACCGCUGCUGUGGUGGCUACUAUGGGCUUCUUGCGGUCUAUUGCGACGGCCAUUUCUGUAGUUGUUGGUGGGGUUGUCUUCCAGAACCAGAUGAAAGCCGAGAACCCGGGCUUGGCUGAGGUCAUUGGUGAUGAGCUGGCCGGUCAGUUCGAUGGAGAGAAUGCAUCGGCCCAUGUCGAGGAUAUUGGUUUGCUUUCCGCCGAUCAGCAGGUUCCUGUGCGGCAGGCUUACUUCAGAGCGCUCAAGACAGUUUGGAUCAUGUAUGUCGCAUUUUCGGGCCUCGCGUUGGUCCUCAACAUCUUUGUAUCAGAACACCAUCUGAGUGACGAGAGAAAAGCGGCCGUUCUCGGCAUUGAUCGAGGAAACCCUGGCUUGUUAGAUCAGCCAGCCCAAGGAGAAGAGAUACCGCUCGAGACGACUGGCAGACAGCAAGACAAUGUCCCACAACUGAGAAACCGGGCAGCGUGA